AUGAUUGCCCUCUGGCUCGUUCUUGGCGCCCUUGCCUUCUUAGGCAUCUGCGUCGUGUUGCUCGCCCCCUCCCGGCGUUCUUCGGCCGCGUCCAAUGCCGCCGCCUCCACGGUGCAGGUUGUUGUGCUGGGCGACAUUGGUCGAAGCCCGCGCAUGCAGUACCACGCCAUCAGCCUCGCCAAGCUCGGAUACACUGUCGACAUAAUAGGAUACAAAGAAUCCGACUUGCACGCUUUCCUGGAAUCCAGCUCGACAGUAAACGUAGUCGGAAUUCCACCAUGGCCAAAACGCUACCAGACGGACAACAAGCUGUUGUUCCUGGGCAUGGCCCCUUUGAAGGUCCUCUGGCAGACCUGGGGCCUCUUUUCUGCAUUAGCCUACCGCACCGCCCCCGCAAAGUUCACCCUGGUACAGAACCCUCCGUCCAUACCAACACUGCUCGUUGCCCACAUCGUCUGUCUUUUGCGCAAUACCACCCUGUGCAUAGAUUGGCACAACUUCGGGCACUCGAUCCUGGCUCUGAAGCUUGGUGCUAAGCAUCCCUUGGUUCAGAUCUCUGAGAGGUACGAGUAUGCUGUCUCCCGCAGUGCUCCCGUCAACUUCACAGUGACCGACGCCAUGGCUCGCAUCCUUCGCGAGCAACAUGGGAGAAAGUACGUCGUGCCUCUGUACGAUCGACCCCCAGCGCAUUUCCAGCCUUGUCCCUCGGAUGAAGCUCGCAAGGAAGGCUAUCAGGAGCUUGCGAAGCGCCUGGGUUGGCCAGUGGACGGCGGACCAACCAGGCUCCUUGUCAGUUCCACUUCCUGGACCGCAGACGAAGAUUUCUCAAUCUUGCUGGACGCAUUGGCAGGGUAUUCGGCCGUUGCGACUGCGCAAGACCUGCCAAUGAUCCUUGCGGUGAUCACCGGCAAGGGCCCGCAAAAGGAAUACUACCUAUCGCGGAUCGCCGCCAUGGAACGCGAGAAUAAGCUUGAUCGCGUCCGCAUACGCACUGCUUGGCUCACCAUGGAGGAUUAUGCUGCAAUGCUCAGCUUUGCGGACCUGGGCGUAUCCCUGCACAUGUCUUCUUCCGGAGUUGAUUUGCCGAUGAAGGUCGUCGAUAUGUUUGGUGCCGGCCUGCCGGUGGUGGGGUGGAGCCAGUUUGAAGCUUGGUCGGAGCUCGUAAAGGAAGGAAUCAACGGUAAAGGCUUUGGCAGCUCCACCGAGCUGAGAGAGCUCUUAUUGGACUUGUUCACAAAGGACGACGAGCUCGCGAGACUGAGAGCAGGUGCAUUGAAGGAAUGCGACAGGAGAUGGGACGAUGAGUGGGAGGCAAAGGCAGGAAAGAUAUUUGCGUGA